CACCAUAUUUAGGAGGAAGUUGAAUUGAAGUGGACCCUAUCCCUUAACAACACAUAAUAAAAAAAAAUAAAAAAAUAAAAACCAGUUUCUCUGUCUAUCUAUAUAAACUAACUUCAAUUUAGCUUCCACAUACAAGAUCUACUCUUGUUUCCUUCUCAACAACAGCCGUUAUUUCAAUACCACUUUACACCCACCAAGAAAUCAGCCCUUAUUUCCACUUCAAAAAAGGAACACAAUGGCACUUAAGCAAAAUCUAGAGUUUGGGUUAGUGAAACGUACAAGUUCAUUUGGUAGAAAGAGGAUUUUGAUUUUGAAUCAUAUGGAUUUUGAUUCGGUUGAUGUUAGUUAUGUUACUACACCUAGAAAGAAGCAGUUUGUUGAAAAUUGUUGUGAAAAAUCUUUGCUUGAAGCUCUUCCUCAAGAAAUAUUGAUUAAGAUAUUGUGUGGAGUGGAACAUGAUGAUUUGAAGAGGUUGUUUCAUGUAUCUAAACCAAUAAGAGAAGCUGUUGUGAUUGCAAAGAAAUGGUAUUUUGAAUAUAGCACACCAAAAAAGAUCCCAGCUUUUAGAUGUUCAUUAAACAUGGAGGAGUUCCCAUCAAGCGAUUUCAAUUUCGACGAAAUCAAAACUCCGAAUGCUCCAAAACAAAUGCGAAUUCAUCGUCCUCGUGGCGGUAUAUGUGUGUCCUUGUUUUCCUUGUCCCCAUGAGCCAAAAACCAAGAAGAACACUAAAAGAUUUUGGGUAUAUUCUUGAUACCCUUUACAACAAGGUUGAUGAGUUAGUUAUUGAGUUGUAGAUAGGUUUUGGUUUGGGUAUAAUUAUGAUUUAGUAAAUGGAGUGUUAUAGGUAGGUGAUGUUAUGGGUUGUACAUUAAUCUUCAAUUUUUUUCAUUGAAGAUGUGUGGCUUGCUUUAGGUGGUUGUAUAAUUAGUGUAAAAAGGGAUAGGGAUAUACUAGUAUAAGUUUUGUUGAA